CAAAAGCAAGAGCACGCGCGAGCUGCGGAGAGAGGGAGAGAGACGCGUGAAGGAGAAGAAACUGCAGAGAAGCAGAUUUCGGUCAAAGGCACGGAGAGAAGGCAGAUCGGGUUUCUGGUAAAGAAGAAGGAGAGAAAGGCUUCUUGAGGACACAGUGACAGUGACCCGACCCGAGAGAGGAGAGAAAGAGAAAGGCUUGAGAAGCAAAUCCCAAGGACAACUUGGUUGUGCUUGUUGUUUUCAUGAAAAAGCAGUCAGAUGAUUAAAACAUGGAAGAAAAUAGGCAUACACGAGCAAUCAUUGGUACUUAGAAUGAAGACAUCACCUUAGACUCCAGGCUGAUCAAUUUGACAUGAAAAUUGAGAGUAGUGUUACUCUACGGAGAUCCUCGAGGCCUUAAAUCUUGAGGGAUUUGGGGAGUUUGAAUUAUGCAUAAGGAUAACUAUAGUUUUGUAUAACUUCUCUCAUCAUCUUCCUGUGAUCACAAACACGCUCAAAACCCUCCCGUCUCCGUGAGGUAGUUUUUGAUUCAAUAACUAUUUUAAUGAACAUUUCCUGUCAUUUUCCCUAGAAAAAUCCAAUGGCAACAAGGCUUGCCCAAUGUCUCAGAUCCCGAUUGCUCAGAACCCCGCAUCCCAACCCAACAACCCUCUCCAACAUAAAAUCUUCACCAUUGAUCCUUUCCCGGAUGUCCCACCUCCCUUUAGAUCCUACACAUAGCUCUCCAUUAACACUUCUUCGGUUCUUUUCUAUUGCUCGGCGUCACCCAGCUAGGCCAAAACGUGUAGACAUUGGGGCUCGGGCCCGCCAACUUCAGACCCGCCGUCUCUGGACAUAUGCACUGACUUUCAGUUGCAUCGCUGGGUUUGUGGUGAUUGUCCUCAACCAAUUUCAAGACCAACUCGUAUUCUAUGUGACCCCAACAGAUGCCCUUGAGAAAUACAAGACAAACCCAACAAAGACCAAGUUCAGGCUUGGUGGAUUGGUCCUUGAAGGCAGUGUGGCACAACCUGCCUCAUCCCCUGAGAUGGAGUUCGUGAUCACUGACUUGGUCACUGAUAUCUUGGUGAGGUACCAAGGUUCAUUGCCCGAUCUAUUCAGGGAGGGUCAUUCCGUGGUGGUUGAAGGGUUUGUAAAACCAUUCACAAAUGAAAUAAGGAAUGGAGCCUCGGAGAAGAGGAUUUCCGGCAAGGCAAGGAGUGGGGAUUGCUAUUUCUCCGCAACAGAGGUUCUUGCCAAGCAUGAUGAGAAAUAUAUGCCUCAAGAGGUAGCUGCAGCAAUUGAGAAGAACAAGAAGUUGAUUCAGGGGAAUGAGGAAGGACAACGAGCAAAGGAAUCACUAUAGACUGAUGGGUAUUUUUCAUUUUAUCUGAUAUUUCACCAAUUUUGAAGUAGACUAACUUGGUUGUUGCUAUUACAUGUCCAAUAAGCGGAAUAAUAAUUGAAACUUGGGAGAUUGGUUUGGAUGAUAUCUAGAUGAAAAAAGUUGUUAUAGCAGCGGCUCAAUUGGUUGAGCCAUUUGAUUCAUAUCUAUUCUUGUUGUAAACCCACUUGAGUGGUUAUAAUAACUCUUAUACCUUUUUGAGACAGAAUUUUACACUUCGCUAAUACACAUUGUUUCCUUGACGAAGUGUCAUUAUUUAUUUAGCUGCUGUCCUGCUCAGGACAGGCUUGAUUUUGUUUCAUCUGUAAUGUUGUAUAAAUGAAACAAUGACUAUUGAAUAGUUUAGUUAUUCAAUAGUUCAGGAUUGGUCUCAUGAAAUAUGGUUCUGGGUAUUAAAAAAAAAA